AUGGCCUCCAAGUCGUUGACACACGUUACCCUCAAUCCACUGGAUCAUUUUCCUCCCAGCAACUAUACAUUUUUCUGUAGCUAUCUACCCUUGAAAGAUGGCGUGACGCCCGAUGAGGUCGUCAGCGUGCUGCAAGAAGGACUUCGCCGUACUUUCACGCAACUCCCAUGGCUCAGCGGGAAAGUCUACCCACAGUCCUCCACCGCUCCCGGAUGGCGUCCCGGCCAGCUUGAGAUCCGUUACGAUGUAGCCGACUUUGAAGGGGACAUCGCCCUCCGCCAGAUCCGGGUCAACCAUGUCUAUCCCGAUGAGGUGGGCAUGAGCUACGAAGACCUAAGGGAGACCGGAUUCCCCUUGGACGCCUUCGAAGACGAGCAGCUCAUAACGGCGGAGCUCCUCCCCAGUCUCGAUAGCGCUCCAGACUGUUUCAAAGCCCAGAUCAACUUUCUGGAGGGCGCUUGUCUGCUCGUAGUCGGAACGCAACAUGCCGCAUGUGAUGGCACGAGCUACUUCGACGUUUGGAAGAUAUUUGCCAGCAAUUGUGAGAAGCUACAGCAGCCCGGGUCUCCAUGGCCUGAAGCGCCAUCUGCAGAGAGCCAGGACCGCACCAUCCUGGACCGUAUCUGGGAGAAGGAGAGCACAGGCACACCCAUGGCGCAGGUCGAUCCUGAGUCGUGGAGCUUACUAGAUCUGCAGCGCCCAGGCGCUCCGAAGAUCGAGGCAGCCAAGUCGUUGAAGACGCUGUCAGACGACGUCAUGCAAGCCGCAGUGUUCUACGUCUCGCCCGAGAAGUUCUCGGCGCUACAGAAGCACUGCGCUGAGAACAAGCCCACGGGCAUGAACAUCUCGGGCAAUGACGCGCUAAGCGCUCUGGUCUGGCGCUGCAUGCUCAAGGCAAAGUACAAGGCUGCACUCGCCGGUGGCCAUAUGUCAAUAAGCAAGGCCGACCUAGCCGCCGCUGAAGCCAGGCUCUUCGUCACGCUCGACGCGCGUCCCGACAUUUCGCACGACAUGCCCAUGCUGUACUUGGGCAACCUAUUCUUCGUCAACAUCUGCUCGCAGCCCCUCAGCUCCUUGACGGCGCCGGAGACAAGCCUAGGGAUCGUCGCCCAGGCCAUCCGUUCGGUGCUCAACAAGGCCACGCGCCAGGCGCUGCUGGACGCUUACACCCUGGCCAGGGAAGUGGGUGACCUGGAUCGCAUUAGGCUUAACCGUGGGCACACGCCCAACUCGUUCGACAUGGUGCUCUCAUCGCUGCUGAUGUUUCCCGUUGAGGGCGUCGCGUUUGGAGGGAAGGUGUUCGCCAAUGGGGGUAGGCCUGACGCAGUGCGCCCGCUCAUGCGACGGUUCAACCGCGCGUCGCAGGUGUGCUUUGUCCUGCCACGCAAGACGUACGGCGGCGUAGAACUGGUGUUGAACCUGUUCGAGGACGAGAUGAAUAUCUUAUUGGAGGAUGAGGAAUUCAUGGAGUGGUGUUUGCAUUACUCGUUCUAG